CCUUACUCCAACAAUAACCCUAACCCUAACAAUAACCCCAACUCCAACAAUAACCCCAACAAUAACCCCAACUCCAACAAUAACUCCAACUCCAACAAUAACCCUAACUCCAACAAUAACCCUAACUCCAACAAUAACCCUAACUCCAACAAUAACCCUAACUCCAACAAUAACCCCAACAAUAACCCCAACUCCAACAAUAACUCCAACUCCAACAAUAACCCUAACUCCAACAAUAACCCUAACUCCAACAAUAACCCUAACUCCAACAAUAAACCUAACUCCAACAAUAACCCUAACUCCAACAAUAACCCCAACUCCAACAAUAACCCUAACUCCAACAAGAAACCCAACUCCAACAAUAACCCCAACUCCAACAAUAACCCUAACUCCAACAAUAACCCUAACUCCAACAAUAACUCCAACUCUAACAAUAACCCUAACUCCAACAAUAACCCUAACUCCAACAAUAACUCCAACUCCAACAAUAACCCCAACUCUAUCAAUAACCCUAACUCCAACAAUAACCCCAACUCUAUCAAUAACCCCAACAAUAACCCUAACUCCAACAAUAACCCCAACUCUAACAAUAACCCUAACCCUGUCCCAUGUCCCAUCUCAACCCUCAUAUAG